GGCUCGGCUAUUGCGCUGAAUCAGAUGUUGCGCGCGCGCCGAAACUGGAGAGAGGAGCGCAUGAGGCCUGCGGGCGACGCGGCCAUCCCACCGCGCGCCCUCUAGACACCACCCUACACACAGCACUAUAUACGGUCGGUCAUGAAAAAUCUUGCCAAUUUGCUGGCUGUCCCGAUCAGCGAACACGUGGUAACUUUCAUCUCCUCGGUAGCCGCGGCCACACUGCACGCGUGGACGACAGAGGGGCGUAGCGGCCGUUGGUGGUCGGUGGGAGGUCGCGGGCGCAAAGCGUGCGGCCGCGCUCGUUUCCCCCACCACACACACCCACCCAUUCACUGUUAGCAGUAGGCAGUUCACUCGGGGGGAGUUCGAUAGACAAUGUCCGAGGACUUGGACUCGAUUAGCGAGGAAGAACGAAGCUUGUUCCGACCCUUCACAAGAGAGUCACUAGCCGCUAUCGAAGCCCGCAUAGCAGAGGAGCAUGCCAAGCAAAAGGAACUCGAGAAAAAACGAGCGGAAGGCGAGAACGAUUUGGGGCGGCCGAAAAAGAAAAAAGAAGUGCGAUACGAUGACGAAGACGAGGACGAAGGCCCUCAGCCGGACGCGACCCUGGAGCAGGGCUUGCCCUUGCCGGUGCGAAUGCAGGGCUCCUUCCCUCUGGAACUCGCCUCCACACCCCUAGAGGAUAUUGACCCUUUCUACCAUAACCAGACAACCUUCGUAGUUAUAAGCAAGGGUAAAGAUAUCUUCAGAUUUUCGGCAACGAACGCCCUAUGGAUACUUAACCCGUUCAAUCCAAUAAGAAGAGUGGCGAUAUACAUAUUAGUGCAUCCUUUGUUCUCUUUGUUUAUCAUUACGACGAUCUUAGUGAACUGCAUACUUAUGAUAAUGCCGACGACACCGACUGUUGAAAGUACUGAAGUUAUCUUUACCGGGAUCUACACGUUUGAAUCAGCGGUGAAAGUAAUGGCCCGGGGUUUCAUACUACAGCCAUUCACAUACCUUAGAGAUGCAUGGAAUUGGCUUGACUUCGUAGUAAUAGCUUUAGCUUAUGUGACGAUGGGCAUAGAUCUUGGAAACUUGGCCGCGCUAAGAACGUUCAGGGUACUGCGAGCGUUGAAGACUGUGGCCAUUGUACCGGGUUUGAAGACCAUCGUCGGAGCCGUGAUAGAGUCCGUGAAGAAUCUGCGGGACGUGAUCAUCCUGACCAUGUUCUCUCUAUCCGUGUUCGCACUGAUGGGGCUGCAAAUCUACAUGGGUGUGCUCACUCAGAAGUGCGUCAAGGUGUUCCCGGAAGACGGCUCGUGGGGGAACCUCACCGAUGAGAACUGGGAGAGGUUUUGUCAGAACGAAACGAACUGGUACGAAGAAGGAGGUGAAUAUCCGCUAUGUGGAAACUCAUCAGGGGCAGGGCAAUGCGAGCCGGGCUACGUGUGUCUGCAGGGCUUCGGGCCAAACCCGAACUACGGAUACACGAGCUUCGACACCUUCGGCUGGGCUUUUUUGUCCGCUUUCCGUCUGAUGACCCAGGACUAUUGGGAGAAUCUCUACCAAUUGGUGUUGCGGUCAGCGGGGUCCUGGCACGUGCUGUUCUUCGUGGUGAUCAUCUUCUUGGGCUCGUUCUACCUCGUGAACUUGAUCUUGGCCAUCGUCGCCAUGUCCUACGACGAGUUGCAGAAGAAGGCCGAGGAGGAGGAACAGGCUGAGGAAGAAGCGUUGAGGGAAGCGGAGCAGAAAGCAGCAGCGAGAGCGGACAAGCAGGAAGCGAGGGAAGCUCACGCCCGAGAGCAGGCGGCGGCGGCCGAGGCGGCGGCCUACGCGGAGGCGCAUCCCGCCAAGUCGCCCUCCGAAUUCUCCUGCCACAGCUACGAGCUCUUCGUCAACCAGGAGCGCGGCAACCAGGACGACAAUACGCGCGAGCGCAUGUCCCUCCGUAGCGACCCGUUCCAGGACUCGGUGAGCACUCAGCCCACGCAAAGGCCCGCCGACCAGCACCACGAAUCACGCCGCCCGAGGAAGGUUAGCAUGGCGUCGUUAUCUCUGCCGGGGUCGCCGUUCAACUUGCGGCGGGGUUCGCGGGGCUCGCACCAGAUGGCGCUGCGGCCGAACGGGCGGAACCGAUACCCGCCGGGCGCGGACCGCAAGCCGCUGGUGCUGUCGACGUACCUGGAUGCGCAGGAGCAUCUGCCCUACGCCGACGACUCUAACGCUGUCACACCUAUGUCUGAAGAAAACGGUGCUAUCAUCAUUCCUGUAUACUACGCUAAUUUAGGCUCUCGCCAUUCCUCGUACACGUCGCAUCAAUCGCGGUUAUCGUAUACGUCGCACGGAGACUUGCUCGGCGGCAAGGUGCAGACGAAGGAGCAGCGGCUGCGUGGACGCUCAGCCUCGCGCAACCACAGCGUCACGUCGCAGCCGCACGCCUACCCGCUGCCGAGGCAGGACUCCUCGCUUGCGUCCAGGCCGCUACGGGAGUAUGAGAUGAGCACGACUGAAUGCACGGACGAGGCCGGGAAAGUGUUGAAGCCAUCCAACGACAACCCUUUUAUAGAAAAUUCGCAACAGCCUAAUGUCGUUGAUAUGAGAGACGUAAUGGUACUAAACGAAAUCAUCGAACAAGCGGGAAGGCAAAGCAGAGCAAGCGAUCAGAACGUGUCAGUGUACUACUUCCCAACAGCGGAAGACGACGAAGAUGGCCCCACGUUUAAGGAGAAACUCCUGGAAUGUCUGAUGAAGGGGAUAGACCUGUUCUGUGUUUGGGACUGCUGCUGGUUGUGGCUGGAGUUUCAGAAGUAUGUCGCACUGCUGGUGUUCGAUCCCUUCGUAGAGUUGUUUAUCACGCUGUGUAUCGUCGUCAAUACGCUGUUCAUGGCAUUGGAUCAUCACGAUAUGGACAAAGAUAUGGAAAAGGCGCUCAAAAGCGGAAACUAUUUUUUCACCGCGACAUUCGGUAUUGAAGCUAUGUUGAAAUUAAUAGCGAUGAGUCCUAAAUAUUAUUUUCAAGAAGGAUGGAACAUAUUUGACUUUAUCAUAGUGGCCUUAUCACUUUUGGAGUUGGGUUUGGAAGGCGUUCAGGGUUUGUCUGUUUUGCGUUCCUUUCGUUUGCUUCGAGUAUUCAAAUUGGCAAAGUCAUGGCCGACACUUAAUUUACUCAUCUCUAUAAUGGGUAGGACAAUGGGUGCCUUGGGCAACUUGACCUUCGUAUUAUGCAUCAUUAUUUUCAUAUUCGCGGUGAUGGGUAUGCAACUGUUCGGAAAAAAUUACGUUGAUUAUGUGGACCGCUUCCCUGACGGAGACCUCCCGAGAUGGAACUUUACAGAUUUCAUGCACAGUUUCAUGAUUGUGUUCCGAGUACUCUGCGGAGAGUGGAUAGAGAGCAUGUGGGACUGUAUGUUAGUGGGAGAUGUCUCAUGUAUACCGUUCUUCUUGGCUACUGUCGUCAUUGGCAAUCUUGUGGUUCUUAACCUUUUCUUGGCCCUGUUACUGUCAAAUUUCGGUUCAUCGAGUUUAUCGACGCCUACCGCGGACCAGGACACGAAUAAAAUAGCAGAGGCCUUCAACAGAAUAUCCAGGUUUACAGAAUGGGUCAAACGGAACGUGGCAGAUUUUCUGAAGCUACUAAAGAACAAAUUGACGAACCAGAUAGCAAUACACGCACCCGAGCGCGUCGACAACGACCUGGAACUGGCCACGGACCUCGACGACGCCGUCCUGUACAAAGACAAAAAACUAAAGGAUCAAGUCGAAGUAGCCAUAGGAGACGGCAUGGAAUUCACGAUACCAGGUGACAAUAAAUAUAAAAAAGGGAAAAUAUUGAUGAAUAAUAUUAACGCUAUGGAUAGUAAUCAUAGAGACAAUCGGUUAGACUGUGAACUAAAUCAUCACGGAUAUCCUAUACAAGACGACGAUACAAUAAGUCAGAAAUCAUAUGGUAGUCAUAAGAUUAGAUCAUUUAAAGAUGAAAGCCAUAAAGGUUCGGCAGACACGAUAGACGGUGAAGAGAAGAAAGACGCUAGUAAAGAGGAAUUAGGACUCGAAGAGGAAAUGAUAGAAGAGGAAGAGGAUGGCAAAUUAGAUGGAUCGCUAGGCAAACAAGACAUCAUUGUAGCCGCAGACGAGGAAGUGGUUGAUGACUCGCCAGCAGAUUGUUGCCCGGAGCCUUGCUACCAGCGCUUCCCGUUCCUUGCCGGGGACGACGAGUCCCCAUUCUGGCAGGGCUGGGGAAUGCUCAGACUAAAGACUUUCAAACUCAUAGAAAAUACUUAUUUUGAAACGGCUGUGAUUACAAUGAUUUUACUCAGUAGUUUGGCCUUGGCGUUAGAAGAUGUACAUUUACCACAUCGGCCAAUCCUUCAAGACAUUUUGUACUACAUGGAUCGUAUAUUCACCGUAAUCUUCUUUAUCGAGAUGUUGAUCAAGUGGCUCGCCCUCGGCUUCCAAAAGUAUUUCACUAACGCCUGGUGUUGGCUCGACUUCAUCAUCGUCAUGGUCUCGCUUAUAAACUUCGUAGCGGCGCUUUGUGGCGCCGGAGGCAUUCAGGCGUUCAAAACGAUGAGAACGCUUCGCGCUCUGCGACCGCUCAGGGCCAUGAGUCGCAUGCAGGGCAUGAGGGUGGUGGUGAACGCGCUGGUUCAGGCGAUACCUUCUAUCUUCAACGUGCUGCUCGUGUGCCUCAUCUUCUGGCUCAUAUUUGCCAUCAUGGGUGUGCAACUGUUUGCUGGAAAAUACUUCAAGUGCGUUGACCUAAACCAUACAACUCUGAGCCAUGAAAUUAUUCCGGACCGAAAUGCUUGCAUAUUGGAAAAUUAUACUUGGGAAAACUCGCCUAUGAACUUUGACCACGUCGGAAAAGCCUACCUAUGUCUCUUCCAAGUGGCUACAUUCAAAGGCUGGAUUCAGAUCAUGAACGAUGCUAUCGAUUCGAGAGAGGUGGGACGUCAACCAAUCCGAGAGACUAACAUAUACAUGUACUUGUACUUUGUAUUCUUCAUCAUCUUCGGCUCGUUCUUCACUCUCAAUCUAUUCAUCGGUGUGAUCAUCGACAACUUUAACGAGCAAAAGAAGAAAGCAGGCGGUAGCUUAGAGAUGUUCAUGACUGAAGAUCAAAAGAAAUAUUACAACGCCAUGAAGAAAAUGGGUUCCAAGAAACCAUUGAAGGCCAUCCCAAGACCAAAGUGGCGUCCACAAGCAAUAGUGUUCGAAAUAGUUACAGAUAAGAAGUUCGACAUGAUAAUUAUGUUGUUUAUUGGUCUAAACAUGUUGACCAUGACGUUAGACCACUAUCAACAAGCGGAAACGUUUAGCAACGUACUCGACUAUCUAAAUAUGAUAUUCAUCGUGAUAUUCAGUUCAGAGUGCCUGCUGAAAAUAUUCGCCUUACGGUACCAUUAUUUUGUUGAGCCGUGGAAUCUAUUCGAUUUCGUCGUUGUAAUGUUCUCUAUUCUUAGUUUGGUGCUGAGUGAUAUAAUAGAAAAAUAUUUUGUAUCACCAACGUUAUUGAGAGUAGUAAGAGUAGCAAAAGUGGGUCGAGUACUCCGAUUAGUGAAAGGUGCGAAGGGUAUCAGAACCCUGUUGUUCGCGCUAGCCAUGUCACUGCCAGCUCUGUUCAACAUCUGUCUACUGCUGUUCCUCGUCAUGUUCAUCUUCGCCAUAUUCGGCAUGUCGUUCUUCAUGCACGUCAAAAACAAAGGCGGCCUCGACGACGUGUACAACUUCAAGACUUUCGUGCAGAGCAUGAUAUUGCUAUUUCAAAUGUCGACCUCCGCCGGCUGGGACGGCGUGCUGGACGGCAUCAUCAACGAGGAGGAGUGCAACCUGCCCGACAACGAGCGCGGCUACCCCGGCAACUGCGGCUCCGCCACCAUCGGCAUCACCUACCUGCUGUCCUACCUCGUCAUCUCCUUCCUCAUCGUCAUCAACAUGUACAUCGCCGUCAUCCUCGAGAACUACUCGCAGGCCACAGAAGACGUGCAGGAAGGUCUCACGGACGAUGACUAUGACAUGUACUACGAAAUCUGGCAACGGUUCGAUCCGGAUGGCACACAGUACAUUCGCUACGAUCAGCUGUCAGAUUUCCUCGACGUGCUGGAGCCGCCCUUGCAGAUUCACAAGCCGAACAAGUACAAGAUCAUAUCGAUGGACAUUCCCAUAUGUCGCAACGACAUGAUGUUCUGCGUGGACAUCCUGGACGCGCUGACGAAGGACUUCUUCGCGCGGAAAGGCAACCCGAUCGAGGACCCCGGAGACCUCGAGGUCGGGCGGCCGGACGAGGUGGGCUACGAGCCCGUGUCGUCGACGCUGUGGCGGCAGCGCGAGGAGUACUGCGCGCGGCUGAUCCAGCACGCGUGGCGGCGGCACCGGCGCGCGCACGGCGACGGCGACGAGGCGGAGGCGGGCGCGGGCGCGGGCGCGGGCGCGGCCACGGCCGUGCUGCUGGACGCCGUGACGCCCAACGGGCACCGCGUGGUGCUGCAGGCGGCGGCGGCGGCGGCGGCGCGCCCGCCCGACCCCGCGCCGCCGCGCGCCCGUCUGACCCGCGCUGGCGCUCGCGCUGCUGCCCGCGCUGGUCGACGACGCGCCGCUGCCGCUGCCCGCACCGCUGCCCGAGCUCCUGAGCCCACCCAAGCGCACUUAAUUAUUUUUUACGCUAGACGUUUCGCAUUGUACAUAAGUAGUGUGUCGGCGGGCCGCGGGCGAGCGACGCGACGCGCGCCGGCGCGACCUGCUGCGCGUCCGCGCCGAUUGAUUUCGUGGACGUUGUUCCUUCGCGUUCGGAGACGUUCGAGGUGACGACCGGAGUGUUUCGUAUUCGCGUGGCCGAGCUUUGAGACCGUUUGUUUUGCGACCGACGUUCGCGCGUUCACCGUGUUCCGGUUCUGAGCGGCUCGCGCGGGCCCGCCCGGAGCGCCGCGGGCGGGGCCUCGCCGCGAGCGCGCCGUUUUGUUUCGUCACUAGUGAUUUAAUGUAAGGUAUCGAAUAAAUUGAGGAAGCUGUAAAGGCUUAUUUUUGUAUUCGACGAAUAUCACUCUCUAUUCUGUAAAUUCUAAAUCUGAACUUUUUUAUGACUGUGAAAGUUGUUUAAUCGCCGAUUGUGAGAUAUCAUUUUCCUUCCCCGAAAUGGUGUCGAACAACAACAUUGUAACUAGUGAAUUAAGAGCGAGCCGGAGAAAGAAACCAGUCGCCUUUAGUGAAUAUAUAGCAGAUGUGUAAAAAGUAUAUUAUGGAUAAUUAGUGGCGGUCAGCCAGCUGCGAGUGCAGGCGAGUGGCUUCUGUCUCGGGCCGCGGAGUGCGAGCGCAUUCGCUUUGGGUUCGCUUGGCGCCUCCCGUGAGGUCACAGCGAGCAGAUCGAUGUAGCACUCGUCGUUUGGGAUUCUUUAUGUUUGUUUCAUUCAUUAAAACAUGUAACGUCUUCGACUCGUCCAUCGCAUUCGGACGUUAGUGUAAUCGUAUCUAAUAAACGCUUAGAGAAGCAAUGGCUACGCCGAUUCAUAUCAAUUUUGUCCGUAUAGUUUUUAAUAGUUCCAAUUUUUAAGCCUCUCAGUGUACCGCGAUGACGCCACGGCGUCUUCAAGCGAGGUCGGCUCGCAGUCGGUCUCCUCGAAGUUAAGAGAGUUUAGAAAAAUUUUUGCAAGUUAUCUAAGUAAGCUUAACAAAUCAGCUGUGAAAUCGGUACCAGAAUUCACUUCCGUCCUAAUCAGUAUGCAUCAUAGGAAUCGAGCCAUUUUAUGUAACGCGCACUUUCCACGUACCUAGUUAAUGUAAUUUUCCUUCCCCUGGAUUACAUUAGCUGCCGGCUGAGGCGCGCCCGGCGUCCCCGGCCGGGUGCCCUCGCCCGUCGCCCGCGCCGAGGAGGAUCGCUACCUCAGCUUAUACACCCACACCUGUCUGUCCAACUUUCAUCAUCGACCAAAUAUAAGCCUUCGUUCAAUCUUCUCACGUGCUACAGUCUCACCAAACCCUACGAUAGUGUUCGGUCAAGCCGUAGCGCGCUAGUUCGUAGCUACAAUCGUAGUUCGUAGCUCCGUAGCUACGUAGUGUACCUCGUGACGGGGCGUUUGUGAGACGUUACUACGUGAUAUCGCCAGGAAAGCGAUUAGGAUAUCCUCGUGAACUGAUAUUUUAGAAGACUGACGUAUCGAUCCUCUGUAGACGUGACGCGAUAAACAUUUUAUCUAAUAAUUGCGAGCGGGCUGGUACUGCUUCGAAAAAUAUUGCUCUUGCAGAUUACAUUAUAACGUAACAUUUGCAAUCUUUCACGUCGUACAACCGAUUCGGCUACAUGAGAGAUCACCGUAUUUAGCAAUAAGAUUAUUUAUAUACCUAAGUGAUCGAACGUCCCUUACCGAGUAAGGUAGAUAUUACGAAGUGUUUUGUUUCGAGAUCAUCUCUGCCGAGGCAGCGCGGGCUCGCGCCUCCUUGCGCUCGAGUUUCGUGUCGACAUUGUCUUUUUCUAGCACAACAAAUUCAUUAAAUUUUGUAAUCUAACUUUGGAAGUGGUCAAUUUUCUACUACUCUGUAAAUAUUGAGAGCUUACCGCCGGGUAGAUCCCAAAACGCACGUCGCAACACAUAAUUUAUCAUGUCUACUAUCUAUUGAUAUCAGCGAGUAACGCAGCGAUACAUAAUAAGCUUGAAGCAAUAAGGUAACGUGUGGUCGACGAAAAGAUUUUCGCUUUUUAUUGUAUGGAACAUGUCACCGAAUAGUUGUGUGUCGGUUGUUUUCAAUUCAUUUCAAAUAAAAUGUAAAAAACAAAAGUGCAAGACAAUCUAAGUGUUGCAAAGUUUAAAGAGUCGGUGUAUCUAAACUAAAUGAGACGCUUACCGUUUUGCACAUAUUUUGCAAUAAUUAUGGUUACAGAUAAUGAUUAUGUAGAUAAUUUUGUAAUGUAAUGUGCGGGGCGUGUGCAAGAGAGAUUCCCCGUCGCUUGCGCACUCUCCGCGCCCUGUACGCGUGACGUCACUGUUCCGUUGUUCUUGUGUUCACGUUAUUUGCGUUGUCGUAAGCCCCGUGGAACGGUUUGAGCUCACGCACGGACCACUGCAAUAUGAAUUCGAUUGUAGACCAACAUUCUGCUGACAUGGCGCCAGGAACUCCAUCGGAGAGCACCUCUGUGGUGUGAAAGUGAAACACCACGACAGUCCAAAGCAAAUUAUUAAAGUUAGCUCUAAGUCGGUAAGCUAAGAGACAAUAUUUAUGCAGAUAUAUUUUAUAAUGUGAAUCAAAUGUUACAUAAACUUAUUAAAAUAUUCGAAUUAUACAAGUAUAAAUACUAAGGAGUACAAAAUUUAAAUGUGGAUGUAGUUAUAAAUUAAAUUGGUCAGUAGCAGUGAGCUUGAAUCGUUUCAAUAUGUAUGACAGAAGGUGGUAAAAUUUUAACUUUUGUUGGUCAAACCAAAAGUUGUACCUACUAUUAGGCAUAUUU